AUGGCGGACGCUGACGGGGAGGCUGGCGGCCCUGUAAAGGUUACAUUGCAACAGCUUGGUGUGGCCACCGGGUACGUAGGGGCUGAGUAUGAGGGCCACCUGGACUUCGACAUUGGCAACCUGAGCGCCUAUGAUCCGGCGCCCCUGGACAUGGCCCGGCUGACAGUGGACCCAGAUGGCAUGUGCGCGGAGAUCGCCCGGGGGAUAACGCAGGCCCUAGUGACCCAGCUGUUCAACCUGCCUGCUGAGGCCGUUAGGGGGGGUCGCCUGGCCAAUCUACCGGCCCCGACCACGCAGCUACCCCGCGCGUUGCCGGUGCCCAAGGCCAAGCCGCUGACCAAGUGGCAGCAGUUCGCGGCCAAGAAGGGCAUUGUGAAGCGCAAGCGCAGCAAGCUAGCCUACGACGAUACCACUGGGGAGUGGCGGCGGCGGUACGGCUACAAGCGCCUCAACGACGAUAACGACAUACCCAUUAUUGAGGCCAAGGCCACUGACAAGCCGGGUGAGGAUCCCUUUGCGGCCCUCGCAGCGGAGAAGCGCGAGCGCGUCAAGGCCAAUCGCGCCUCCCAGCUGGCUAACCUCAAGCAGGUCGCCAAGAGGGUCGGUGCGGGGGCGCUUCCCGCGUCGCUGCGUCUGGCGGCAACACUGCCAGGGGAAGGCGGCAAGAAGGUCGGCAAGGGUAUGGACAAAUCGCUGCGGAGGAAGGAGCUCAAGCAGGAUAUUAAGUCUGCGUCUCGUCUGGCGGGUAUCUCCACCGCCUCAAUUGGCAAGUUUGACAAACGGCUGGCCGGGGAGAAACCCGGGGAGCGAGCUCCGUUGGGAAAGCGGCGCCAAUUUAUGUCGGUGACGGAUGUGAAGAGCGAGAGGUCUAAGAUUGGCAGCUUGGCUGACAAGUUCCUCAAGGAACGUUCGGAUGACAUUGUGGACAUUCGGAAGGCCAUGGGGAAGUUUGAGGCGGAUGCGCGGGAGGAGCGGCGCCAGGCGAAGCGGAAGCGGGAGGAGGAUGGAGGCAGUGGAGGCGGAGGAGGGGGAGGGGGCAAGAGGGCAAAGAAGGCUGCGGGGGGAGGAGGAGGAGGAGGAGGAGGGGGCAAGGGGGGUAGAGGGUUUAAGGGGGUAGCCAGGGAGAACUCCAGUCGCGUCCGCGGCUGA